AAAAGUAUAAAAAAAACAGCGGACAAUACGCUUUCUUGAAGUUCUCAACGAAAAUGGUCCUGCGGUAUCUGUGGCGCGCCAAAGGCAAGCUGGCCUUAACUGGCACCGCCCUGGGUGGCGGCGCGAUGGCGGCGACGAUUGCUAACUCCGACGACCCGGCGACGGCCCUGAAGCUAUGCACCACCGUCCCUCUCCGCCUCAUGCGUGUCUCCGUCACUGCCGCCACCACUGCUUUCGAUUAUGAAUAUUCAUUGUGGGGACUACCAGAAGGUAGCAUUGAGAGGUCAAGAGUUAAACAUGAAGUUCACAUCAGGGGUGCCCGCAGGCUUCAAGAAUUAUGUUUUCAGAAUGGUGGCAUCUAUAUUAAGCUUGGUCAACAUAUUAGUCAGCUGGAGUACCUAAUACCUCAAGAGUACGUCCAGACAAUGAGGGAGUCCAUGUUGAAUAAAUGUCCAGUUUCUUCUUACGAUCAAGUGCAUGAAGUUGUGAAGAAAGAGCUUGGAGGGACACCGGAUGAAAUUUUUGACGAGUUCAAUCCUGUACCAAUGGCAAGCGCUUCCCUAGCACAAGUUCAUGUUGCUCGCACCCAUGAUGGGCAAAAAGUUGCUGUGAAGGUUCAGCACACUCACAUGACUGACACUGCGGCCGCAGAUUAUGCCACUGUGGAGUUAAUUGUCAACACCUUGCAUUCUUUUUUUCCUACUUUUGAUUACAGGUGGUUGGUUGACGAAGUGCGUGAAAGUUUACCUAAGGAACUAGAUUUCUUGGUUGAGGCCAAGAACAGCGUAAAAUGUAUGGAUAACUUCAGGAAGUUAUCACCUGAUAUUGCAGAUUAUAUUUAUGCCCCAAGGGUGCAUUGGAAUUUAAGUACCUCAAAGAUAUUGACCAUGGAAUUUAUGGAUGGUGCAUUCGUAAAUGAUGUGAAGACCAUUCAAAGAUUUGGAAUAAAGCCAAACGACGUUGCAAAACUAGUUAGUCAAACUUUUGCUGAAAUGAUGUUCAAACAUGGGUUUGUACAUUGUGAUCCACAUGCUGCCAACUUACUGGUUCGCCCUUUGCCUUCUUGCAAGAGGAACUUUCUUGGCAAGAGAAAACCACAGUUGAUACUGCUUGACCAUGGUCUGUACAAGGAGCUUGACCUCCCCACUAGAACCAACUAUGCAGCACUCUGGAAGGCAUUGAUAUUUGCUGAUGCCAAUGCAAUAAAGGAGAACAGUGUAAAAUUGGGUGCCGGGGAGGAUCUGUAUGCAUUGUUUGCAGGGAUUCUUACAAUGAGACCUUGGAAUAGGGUCAUUGACCCAUCUGUUGAUCAUCUGGUCCUACAAGGCAAUGACGGUGAUCGCUCUGAACUCCAGAUGUAUGCUUCUCAAUAUUUCCCUCAAAUCUCAGAGCUUCUAAGGAGGCUGCCUCGAGUUAUUCUGUUAAUGCUAAAGACAAAUGACUGCUUGCGGGCAGUUAAUAAUUCGCUGUUGCAGGAAUCUUCUCUUGAGACGUUUCUUAUAAUCGGUAAAGUUUCUUCUGAAGCAGUCAUUGAGGCGAAGAAAUUACAGAAUAAGUCGUUUUUACGUCGGUUUAGUGUUUGGUUGGAGGAAAUAUUGUUAGAAGUGCGAUUUUUGGGAAUGCAGAUGGCCUUGUGGGUUUUACAAUUCAGGAAAGCAUUGUCCUUGUGAAAGCCAUAAAUCACAUUGAAGACGCUCAUUUGCAAGAAACCCUUUCUGUUUUAGUUAGAAACUUGCAUUCUUUGUCGCGGCAGCUCAUUUCAACCUUACCUGAAUAAAGAUAUGAGCAUUAAAUUGAGAAAAUGAUUCUUUUCAAACAAAAAGGUGCAUUCAUUUUUGAGAAAGAUAUUCUUUUGCCGGAUACAUAUAAACACCGUCAUGUUCAUUGUUGUGUGAUUGCGUUGUUAACCCCAUGAGUGGGCAAGUGAUAGAUGAUGUAUAACAAAGUCAAUUAUUGUAAUGUCGAAAUAACAUUUUGGACUUCGAUUUAUUGUUUCAAACUUUCUUCCAAGGUUGAAAGAUACUACACUUUGUAACGAGGGAACAAAAUGUAUUCAUUCUUGGUCACUAUUGUGUUUUACUUAAAA